AUGGCAUCGUUGCGCGAAUUAUGCAAGAUCGAGCGGGGGUACAUGGACUCCAUGGCCCACGUGGAAGCUUUCGUUGCAAAUUUCAAUGCACCACGUGACACGGUCAGGAUUGCUUCACGCUUGGAGCAUUUGGAAACGCUUUUCAAGGAGUUUCGUGAUAACCGUGCGAAAAUUGAAGUGAGACAGGAGCAAGAUUUAAAAUUGUCCUCUGAGGAAAGCAAGGAGGAGCAGCUGAAGAAGGACGUCGAAGCUGGCAACAGAAAAACUCGCCUGGAUUUUGAGGACAGGUACUUCGAUGCGAAAGAUUUCCUAACGUCGCACCGAGGCAAUCAGACAGCUGUAGCUUCUUCCGCUCCGCCCGGCCACAUUCCUAACUCCCGAAUCCAUCUCCCUGUUUUUAAAAUCCCUUCUUUUGACGGUUGUGUGAAAGAUUGGUUGAGUUUUCGUGACGCUUUCCAGAGCAUGAUCGGUAAAGAUGCUUCGCUUUCGCCGGUCGAUAAGUUCCAUUAUCUUCUCUCCGUGCUCACAAAAGAAGCCCGAACGUUGGUGGAAUCCAUUGAAGUGACGGCGGCCAACUUCGAUGUCGCGUGGCAGAUGCUCGAACAACGGUUCGAGAACAAAAAGAUCAUCGCUCGAGCACUGAUGGACAGUUUCCUGAAUGCCGAACCCAUCAAGCGGGAAUCGUACGACGCUCUAGUUGGUCUCAUCGACUCGUACGAGCGGAAUCUUCUACAGCUGCGUAAAAUUGGACUGAAGACAGAUGGGUGGACUCACUUGCUUGCUCAUAUUCUGUAUACACGUCUCGAUGUUGACACGCAACGGCAUUGGGAGCGUGCUCACAACUCUCGUGAAGCACCAAAGUACGAGGACUUGUUGCAGUUUCUGCGGGAUCACCUCGCAACCCUACAACCCCUGGCAUCCAUGAAAACUCGGAGUUCGGACUCUCGUCAAGAUCAUGGGAAAUCGACGACCAAAUCCAAGGUCGGCUCGACUCUCACAACUACUACGACUCAGAAAAAAGUUUGUCCACACUGUCAAAAAUCCUCUCACUCUCCUUUCAAAUGCGAAUCCUUUAUCAGUAUGAAUCCUUCCCAACGGCUUGAAUCAGUCAGGAAAGCUGGUUUGUGCCUAAAUUGUCUUUCCUCUUCCCACUUGGUCAGGGCUUGUCCUAGCUCAGCUUGUCGUGCCUGCGGUCAAAAGCACCAUACGAUGCUGCAUUUGCGCCCAGCAAGCAACGGACAAGAUCACUCGCAAUCGCAACCCACGAAACCCGCUAUUCCACAAAGUCAGCCCGCAAUCGCACCUUCCUCCGCUUCGCAAUCGCAAACAGUUACCACCGCACCCUCCGCUGGCCCAUCCACCUCUCGUCCAGUCGCUCUUCCUGCCACUACUACUGCCGAUAGUAGCGUGAUUCUUCUCUUGACUGCUGUCGUCAAGAUAGCUGACUACAACGGGAAUGUCCAGUUCGCUCGCGCCCUCCUUGAUUGCUGCUCCGAACGAAAUCUGAUGAGUGAACAUUUGCCGCAGAAAUUGGAUCUACGUCGGCAGAACGACCCGCUUUCUCUCCAAGGUGUGGGUCCCAGUGCUGCUGUGUCGAGGCAAUCGACGACAGCAAUCGUACGAUCGCGUUGUACAGAUUUUGCUGUUGACCUCAAGUUCCACAUUUUGCCGGAGUUUAAGCCGAUUUUGCCGUCGAACCGGUUGUCGGUAGCCUCCUGGAAGAUUCCUCCAUCCGUACAACUUGCUGAUCCUCGUUUCUUUGAGCCGAAUCGCAUCGAUGCUAUCAUCGGAGCCGAAGUGUACUAUCGUCUACUGCUAGAAGGUUUCGUCGACCUCGGACCGGAACUACCCCAGUUGAAGGAAACGGUUUUUGGGUGGAUAGUAUCCGGAAAGGUGAAUACGGUGGACUCGAGCCUGUCUGCCACCACGCUAGUCUGCAGCAACGCUGAGUUGGAAAAUCAGCUUGCUCGCUUCUGGGAAGUUGAGUCGUGCAAUACCAACGAGACCUUCUCCACGGAAGAACGGAAAUGCGAAACCCAUUUUGCCGCCACCACUAUUCGAGACUCCACUGGAAGAUUUGUGGUGUCACUACCGAAGAAACCCGAUGUUCUGGAUAGGUUGGGAGACUCUCGUUCCAUUGCAACUCGACGCUUUUUGUCCCUGGAACGACGACUUCAGGCGAAUCCUUCACUGUUGGAGGCGUACACCGAUUUCAUACAGGAGUACGUUCAUCUAGGACACAUGGCACCGAUCGAUACUAGCGCAGAAGUUGUGAUUCCCGGACAGAAGUUCUAUUAUAUGCCUCACCAUUGCAUAGUUCGACCGGAGAGUGUCACGACGAAACUCCGCGUCGUCUUUGAUGCGUCGUGCCCCACUGAUACUGGUGUCUCGUUGAACGAAGCACUGAUGGUGGGUCCAGUUGUCCAGGACGACCUGUACAGCAUCAUCCUACGAUUUAGACUUCCUCGCUUCGUCAUCGUCGCUGAUGUACCGGCAAGUGUUGGUAUCCCCAUCUGA